AUGCCCCUUUGGCAAAUCUACCACCCUGCGAACACAUUCCAAAAUGUCGAAUCGAAACAACUCUUUGCAGAAGAUAUAACAAGAAUGUACACUGGUCUCGGAUUACCAGCUUUCUACGUCGUGACACAGUUCCACGAGCUCAAGGAUGAGAAUGUCUUUGUGGGCGGGAAGCCGGCCUCGACCAAACCAUUCAUCCGCGUCGUCAUCAAGCAUAUCGCUCUUCGUAUUCCCGACGCUGAUAAAGCCUAUCUUCGUACUACAUCGCGCCUGGAUAAAAUCAUGAAGCCCCAUCUCUUGGAUAAGGGCUAUGAUUUUGAAUAUCAUGUUGAAGAGACGGAGCGUCGGCUUUGGAAGAUUAAUAGCUUGAUUCCGCCUCCUUUUAAAAGUGACGAGGAGCAGGUCUGGGUACAAAAGAAUGCUGCUUUGUCAUAUGAGGGCGCGUAUCCUCCCGUGGACGAGGAAGUUUGA